AUGUCCCACGCGAGAGAACCUCUUCCUCCGGGGCCUGAAGGGCCAGAGCCAGCUCCGACUGAGAGCUCCGCUUUGAUCCCGCUCCCUCGAGAAAAAACUGACCAAGAGAAUACUGCGGCAGGAGAUAGAGACAUAAAACAGCCUUCCAGUAACCAAAGUAUACAACCAGAGAUACAACACCAGUCUGCCUGGGAAAAUCGCACUGAUGGUGACCUCAUCAGAACACAACCUCAACGUUUGCCUCAGCCAAAUACUUCAGCACUGGAAAGGAGUGAGGAAGAAAGUGACAAAAUCCAAAACGGCCACGUGGGUCUGAGUAAUGGAAGUGGAAUUCACAACGGGGUCAAGCAUGCACCUGCAGACAACAGAAAACUUUCGGCUCCUGUUUCAGCAAAAAUGCACAGAAAAAUUCAGUCCACCUUAUCUGUCAACAGCAACAGCAGCAAGAAGAGUAAAAUAAGCUCUGCGUUUUCUCAAAAGCCAGGUACUUCACCUGAAGAUUGCUGUGUUCACUGUAUCCUGGCUUGCUUGUUCUGUGAAUUUCUCACCCUCUGUAACAUUGUUCUGGGACAAGCAUCCUGUGGCGUCUGCACAUCGGAGGCCUGCUGCUGUUGCUGUGGGGACGAGAUGGGGGAUGACUGUAACUGCCCAUGUGAUAUGGACUGUGGCAUAAUGGACGCAUGUUGUGAAUCUUCAGAUUGCUUGGAGAUCUGCAUGGAAUGCUGUGGGAUCUGCUUCCCAUCAUGAAAUAUUUAUCCCUUUU